AGGCAUCACAAAUGUUAGGUCUCGCCGAUGCACUGUACAACUUCUAUCAUCGCUACUGGUAUGAUAGAUCACUGGACUACAGAUCACUGGACUUCAACCAAAAAUAUAAAUAUUAUACCAAGACAGUGGAUGAGGAGUGGCAGCUGGAAGACAGAAGCAAUGCUACGCUCUACGUGGACACUGGCUGCGUGCAGCUGUUGGUGAACGCCCUGGACCAUCCCACGUGCCCACUGGAAGAUCUGCCACCAGAGAGGAUCGAGCAGCGUGAUCAGUGCCGUGUGCAACUUUGGGACGACAUGGUGCAGAGGGUACCCCACAUACCUGUGACCAGCUACCUGGCUUACACGCAGAGGGCAAACGUCAACCUCUGCCUCUUGGCCUGGAUGACUGUCAACUCACACAGCAUUUGUCAGGACGUCCCCUUUAGUAUGACGCAGUCCGUACACGAUGCCCGCUGCUAUUUCGAUAGCCCUGACGACCAGUCGUGUCUGGAAUCGAACGAUACAGAUGCCAUCUGCUCUGUUUUCAGAGCUAUUCUGUUGCUAAAAUGCCGCGAUUUUUCCUCACAUAAGCCUCUAGAGGUGUGUGCCGUCAAACUUUACUCAGAUGGAUCGUACUCAACAGUGUUCAAUGCAACUUGGGGAAAAGGUAUCUACAAACAGUAUGGAAAGCCAACACAAAGAGCCCUGAAAUACAAAUACGGUUUAAACAGCGCCACGUUGAAAUACAAGGAUUUUAAAAUUGACAACUUAAAACCAUUAGAAAUCUCAUUUAUAACAGUAAAUAUUCUUUUCCGCUUAUUGACUGCAGGGGUAUAUAUGUACCUUCCCCAGUUACGUAAUUUACCUGGAAAGAUAUUCUUGUCCUUUCAGAUCACGGGUAUAAUCCAGAUCCUGUGCUCUGAGGUCGUGUAUCGUAUGGCAGGCGUCCCUGACUUAUCGACAGCAGUGCUGAUCGAUAGCGCCCUCACACUUCUAAGCUGUUUCUGGCUAAACUCAUUCUGCUACCAAAUGUUCGCAUGCAUUCGUUAUCUCAGGCUCCCUAACGACCUGUUACGUGCUGAAGCAAGCCAGAUAUUCCGUCGUCAGGUGCUGUAUGCACUAAUAGCCUGGAGUACUGUAUGUGCAGCAUGUAUUGCUUUAGAAAAGACAAAUAAACAUUACCUGAUAUACAGUCGGAUAUUAUUCCUGCUGGGUAUUACACUAUCGAUAUCUUUCAAUUUCGUUUGUCUCGGACUGCUGGGAUACAUGUACCUAUGUACUCGGAAUUCCAUGAAGCAACUCAAAAUUUUUAGUGGCACUAAAUUUGCUUCAAAGAAAGAACUUCUUUUUAUGUCAGUGAAGGCUGUAAUCUUAAGUGGAGUAGGAAUAAUCAUUCGAAUUGGGUUCCACCAGGCACAGGGCAUAGCUCAGUUUGUGUACUACGUACAUAUAGCUACAAUGGUGCAGGGACCAGUCCUGUUCAUUUGUUUCGUUUGUAACGGAACAACACUCCCUCUUUUCAAGAACAUGAUACUGUCGUGGUGGGACCCAGACAUCGUCUGUCACGGGCGAGAGCUCUGUUCCACAGAGGAAAGAAAUCUGGCGAAGAUGCUCAAUGAACAGACUUUGGCAGCAGAAUACUCGUUGUAAUCUUCAUAAGGAUUCCUCUUAACGGACUACCUUCGUUGUAGACCAUACUAACGUCUGUGACUAGUUAUAAAAAUAGAAUCUACUUGAUGAAAUUACAUUAACUGCGUCCGAUAUCGUACAGUCAGUACUUCAACUUACUACUUUGUACUUUGUUUAUAAUUGUGUGCUUGUUUGAACA